AUGGCAGCAGGCUCAUAUAGUUCGAAGAUCAGAUUUUUCGAGGCAGCAGAUCUUACGAAUGCUCCACGUUGUUACAAACGAGCUGUCAGAUGUCUUCCCGCCAAAUUCUCUGUCAAUAGAUACACCAAGGAAAGACAAGUUCUUCCCGACGACAGUCAGUUCGCCCAACGGCGAGUUUCCAAUACUGGCCAUGCCUUCGAAUAA